AUGGAAAUAUCCAAUUAUGAUAACUUUACCGAUACCGAAAACAGUUCGGAACAAUCGCUCACAGAUUGUUCUUAUCAACCAAUGAUUAACCAUCCUGGAAACAGUGCGAAUGGAAAAGACUUGGGACAUUCUGAUUCAAAGCAGUGUAAUUGGAACAGGUUUCCGGAACACCCAACCGUAAGUCCUGAAAGUUUGGAAAGUAUUCCGGAGAUUGCUACUAAUAGUUCAAUGGAGACUGUGGAACAAAGGCGCGUGGAAACUCCACAUCACGAUAAGGGUGACGAGGAGAGAGAAACAGCAGAAUCAUACAAUACAAAUACGACCAUCAGCCAUCCGUAUCCGGGAUCUACAGACGACACGGAUUAUCCGGAUAUCAGUUCUACAGAUGAUAUUCCGGACAUAAACUAUGCGGAUGGCAUUAAUCACGAGCCUCGAUUCUGUCACUCACAUCAAGUUUCUGGUCCAACCGAGGAUGAGAUUCGAACCCAGAGCCGGGCGACUCAUCAAUUUAUUUUUGCUCAUAUAAAAGAAAAACAUGAAGAAGUAGAGGAGCCUACAGAAGGCGAGGAAAAGGAUAGAAUUGAUGAAAAAUUAACAGAUAAUGACGGGAUCACUCUGGAUGAUGUGCCAAAGGUAGCUGGUCCACGACAAAAGAAGCCUGGCAAAAGGCGAAGGUCCGAAAACCCGGGAAGCAUGAAGAACAAGGACGUAUCUAACGAUUGCCAGGUGAACGGUGAACUGGAUGAUGACCCUCAUUUGAAAGUGACUUAUACUCCCGGGAAGAAGGGAGGCAGCUAUGGGUUGCCUGUCGGAGCUAAGCUAGUUGUGCCGGAAGGUCUAUUUGGAAAGAAAGACUCUAUAACAUGUCAAGUGGCGCCACCUGCACAAAGAUGGCGCCACUGUCCUGUCCUUACAACAUACGAACAUAUGACCAGUGAAAUUUUUGUGUUGACAUCAACUCUUCAAACUUUGAAGAAGAACAUAAUUGUGCAAAUACCGUUUUAUCAAAUAGACCCGGAACAUAAUGAGUUGAAUGUGAAAGGCAAAUGGAAGGACGAAAACGAAUGGGUGAACGUCGGAUUUCUUAAAAAGGAGGAUAGCUCGACCCCGUGCGUGGAACUGGAGAUUGACCGUCUUGGUAUUUUCGUGGUGACCUUCACCCCAAAGAGGGAAUUGUUUGACGUCACACCCCAGGGUUGUCUGUAUAACGCACACAUUAGUAGGUACAUCAGUAUUCGGUUCCCGAAGAAGGCUGCCGACAAAUCUUUCCAGUGCGCGAUCCAGAUCACACCCAUCUCUCCAGACAAGCUUGAGCUGGCUAAAGACUUCUAUCCAACGGAGCUCUGCGACCUUGUUCAGACUACAGAGUUUAUAGAUUUGAUUCCCAGCAUUCCUUGCAAUUUCCGGAGGGCAGCGACUGUAAAGCUCCCUCUACCGGGCGGUGUAGAGGUUGAAGAUGAAAGUUCAAACACUAUUGGCGUUUUCCAGAAAACAGAAAAAGGUUGGGAGCUCGUGGAAAGUAAAUACAAAUACACACGGACAACAGUGACAUUCGACGUGAAGUCUUUGUCAAGGUUCUGUAUCGUACAGACCAAGCCCGAUCGUGCAAAAAGAGUGUUAGCGGCAGUGCCAAUCGUGGAAGGAAGGAGUGAUAAAGAAAAAGGGGAGGUAAUCGCAUUUUUAAACAUCCAAGAGAAGCUAUGGUUCGUAGUGCUCGAGUGUUUUCCUCAAAGUAAAACAGAGACUCGGAUUAAAGAAAUGAAAGACCGGGGAUUCAAACAUAUUGGGAAGCAGAUUCUCCGUCGAGAGGAAGUAGUCGAGAAUAAAGGAUUCCGGAGAUCACAGCCAAAACAAAAUAAAGUGAAGGAGAUACAAGGGUUUGAGCUGUUUGACGGUAUGAAAUGGACAAUGGAAGUGGUAGAGGAUAUCAAGGUGAGUUUUGACAGUGACUAUAUGGAAAACAAGGACUUUCAGUACUUCCGGCAUCUGCCAGAUAGUUGUCGGAAAUUUAUAAUCGAGCCGAAAAAUAACGACGAAAAAGCAAUAAGUGGUGCAAUAAAUCUCAUCCCUCUAAAUAUGGAGGGUGAUGCUAGAAUGAAGGAAGCUUCGACCUUCACCUUGAAGAUUGAUAUAGACGAAGAGGCAGUUAAAGCUUACUUCCGGCCAGAAUUUGUACCGGAAGAACCCGAACCAGUGAAAGAAAAGCCAAACCUCGACCUGCUAAUGAUGAAUACUGUGAAGGAAGAGAAACCUCUUAUACCCACAAUUCCUAAAUUCAAACCACUUCCGGCGACAGUAAUGGAACGUCUGAUGAAGACGAGCAGGAAACCUAUUAUAGUGGAAAAAGAAUCAAAGACGAUUUCCGGUAAAAGUUUACGGACUUUAUCAAGACUAGUUCCGGAAGGACUUACGUUAGCUGUGCAUCUAGAUCUUCCGGACAGCACCAUCACCGGACUUGGUUUCGACGCAAUAUCAAACGGUCUAAGCAUGGCUGACGUGACGUAUAAAAUCCUUCUGUACUGGAAGCGUCAGAUGAAAGACAAAAAAGAUGGCGCUGUAGAUCGCUUAUCAACCGCCCUUCGUGAUAUGGGACGUGGAGAGGUAGCCACUGUGGUCAAUCAAUGUCACAAGGACAGCAAAGAACUGACCUUGGAUUCGUUUGAAGUGAUGAACCAGUCAUAG